CAGUGCGCACGCGCGUUCGGCUCCAGUUCAGGAAGUCGCUCUUAAGCAGCUGAUGCCGAGACCUCUGCUGUUCCGGUGGAAGGAGGCUUAACGACUCUCAAAAGAAAUAGUAAAAGAAAUGUUUCCAUCGGUAAAACGGAGUACAGCUUGAGAGAACGAACUAUUUGGAAUGUGUAGAGGAGCAGCUGUCGUUUUAUAAGACAUUAAUGGUGUGUCUUCGGCUAAAUAAUAGCCCAUUGAGCUGUUUUUGUCGUGGGCCGGUUGGUUGUCGUGGGAUCUAGCCUAACAAUGAAGGCCUAACCUUCUAACUCAGUGGGAUUUAAUCUUCGGAUUGAUCUGUCGACAGAUACGUUAACUGCGCAUCUUGGAGAAAGGUUUAGGCAUGGCCUCCCAGCUGCAGGUGUUCUCUCCUCCGUCUGUGUCCUCCAGUGCUUUCUGUCGGGUGAAGAAGAUGAAGGUGGAGAGCUGUGCGUGGGAGGUGGCUGCAGAGCCCUACGGCUCUGUCGGUCAGGCCUACGGCUUCACCCCGGCGGCCGCCCUGCCCUUCACCGCCUCUGGUCUCGUGUUCCCCCCUGCCGGGGCUGCCCGGGGACAGGUGGUGGUGCGGGCGGCCGACAGCACCGGCAGCCUCCCUCGCGCCUCCCACAACAGCAACAACAAUAACAACAACACCACCAAUAACAACAACAACAGCAGCAGCAGCAGUCACCACGGCGACUCCCACUCCAGCCGGGGGCAGCGGUACGGCCUGAAGCGGAAGAACGAGGAAGUGGACUCGUCGAGCGGAGGUGGCAGUGGGAGUGGCAGCGUGCAGAUCCUGGAGGAGCUCUCUGCGCCCGCCUUCUCCGCCCGCGCCGCCGGGGGUGGGGGCAACACGGGCCAGUCCAUCGCCAACUCUGCCCCCACCACCAAGAGCAGCAGCUCAAACGGCGAGGGGGACUACCAGCUGGUGCAGCACGAGAUCCUCUGCUCCGUCUCCAGUAGCUACGAGGUGCUGGAGUUUCUGGGGCGGGGAACCUUCGGCCAGGUCGCCAAGUGCUGGAAGCGCGGCACCAACGAGAUCGUAGCCAUCAAGAUCCUCAAAAACCACCCCUCGUACGCACGCCAAGGCCAGAUAGAGGUGAGCAUUCUGAAGUGUCUGAGUGCCGAGAACGCGGAUGAAUUUAACUUCGUCCGCUCGUACGAGUGCUUCCAGCACAAGGGCCACACAUGCCUGGUGUUUGAGAUGCUGGAGCAGAACCUGUACGACUUCCUGAAGCACAGCAAGUUCAGCCCGUUGCCUCUGCGCCACAUCCGGCCCGUGCUACAGCAGGUGGCCACCGCCCUCAUGAAGCUCAAGAGCCUGGGCCUCAUCCACGCCGACCUAAAGCCCGAGAACAUCAUGCUGGUGGAUCCCAUCCGCCAGCCGUACCGGGUCAAAGUCAUUGACUUCGGGUCGGCCAGCCACGUGUCCAAGGCCGUCUGCUCUACGUACCUGCAGUCACGCUACUACAGGGCUCCAGAGAUCAUCCUGGGCUUGCCCUUCUGCGAGGCCAUCGACAUGUGGUCGCUGGGCUGCGUCAUCGCCGAGCUCUUCCUGGGAUGGCCUCUCUACCCCGGCGCUUCAGAGUACGAUCAGAUUCGGUACAUAUCUCAGACACAAGGUCUACCAGCGGAGUAUCUCUUGAGUGCUGGAACCAAGACCAGCCGGUUCUUUAACAGGGGUCCAGACUCCAGCUACCCGCUCUGGAGGUUGAAGACCCCCCUGGAGCAUGAGGCUGAGAUGGGCAUCAAGUCAAAAGAGGCUCGGAAGUAUAUUUUUAACUGCCUCGAUGACAUGAUGCAGGUCAAAGUAAAAGUCAACCUGUCCACUCACCUAGAGGGCACAGACAUGCUGGCGGAGAAGGCGGACCGGCGGGAGUUCAUCGACCUCCUCAAGAGGAUGUUGCGGCUGGACGCCGAUAAGAGAAUCACCCCCUCCAAGACCCUGGCGCACCCCUUCGUCACCAUGAGCCCCCUCCUGGACUUCCCACACAGCUCCCAUGUCAAGUCCUGCUUCCAGAACAUGGAGAUCUGUAAGCGCAGGAGCAGCUCCUAUGACAGCGGGAAAACCCUGUUUGCUGCUAACCCAGUCCCAGGAGCCGCGGGGAACCUAACCGUGACCUUCAGUAGCCAGCUCAACCAGCACAACCAGGUACCGUCAGCAGGGGGCGCUGUGCCGCUUCUGAACUACCAGCCUGCACUGUACCAGCAGGCCACCAUCAACAUCCCAGGCCUGGCCCAGCCCAGCCUGCCCAUGCAGGCCCGCACCACCCAGCUCUGCACCCAGCCAGAGCCCUUCCAGCAGACCCUCAUCGUCUGCCCCCCCACCACCAUACAAGGGCUUCAGUCUUCCAGUAAGGGCUCCAGUUACCCCCUGAGGAUGGACAACUCCAAUCCCCUCGUGCAGCAGAACCAGUCCUCCCAGCCUCUACAGCUCCAGCCCAGCAUGCUCACGCAGGGCUCCUGCACGCCUCUGAUGGUGGCCACCCUGCACCCCCACGCGGCCGGGGUGGCGCCCCAGUACCCGCUGCCCCUGACGCUGGGCUGUGGGGGGGCGCGGCCUGCACUCCUGGAGCAGACGGCCACCGUGCUGCAGGCCUGGCCGUCGGGCACACAGCAGAUCCUCAUUCCGUCCGCCUGGCAGCAGGUUCCGGGCAUGGCCAUCCACAGCGGGGCGCACCAGGCCGUCGACUCCUCCCUGGAGGCGCUGGUGACCGACUCCUCGGCCCAACACGCCUGGAGGGGCUCCCACAGCGGUCAGCACAGCGGGGUGUUGCAGCAAAACCCCCACAUCCUGGGGGGGCACCUGACCCUUGACCCCACGCAGUCACUGGGCAGAAGUGGGGGCCACGGUGGGCGGUCCCAACAAGAGAGCAAGAGCAAGAGGAACAGGGGGCGGCGCCAGGAUAGCAGGAACGGCGGCCCUCUGAUUGGCACACCAGCAUACAACGCCGCACUCUCCCAGCCAAUCGUCAUCUCCGACACACCCAGCCCUGCUGUCAGUGUCAUUACCAUCCACAGUGACACUGAGGACGAGGACGAAAGGAAGUUCCACCCAGCUAGCUGUGGGCCCAACCAGCGCGCCAACGUCAUCAGCUGUGUGACGGUGCACGACUCUGAUUCGUCCACGGCCAGCCCCCUGACCCCGCGCCCCCGGCACGCCCUCCUGCGGGGGGCGUCUACCCGCGGGUCCAAGUCGCUGGCAGUGGUGGCACCGUCCGUCAAGACCCAGCAGGGCGACGGCUCCACCUCCAAAGGGGCAUCAGUGACAGGUCACUCCCAGAGCGGCUACAUGAAGCCCAAGCGCGCCGCCACAAGGCAGCCCUGCAGCUCAGGGGAGAGUGUAGAGCGCCAUCUGCAGGUGCCCAGCAGAUCACAGCCCCUGAACCUCAGCCAGCCUACUCUAGUCUCGUCCUCCUCUUCCUCCUCCUCGUCCUCCUCAUCCCAGGAGCGAGGCGCCGGGGGCGGCGGCUCCCUGCGUCGUCAGCACACCUACCCCCCGGCGGGGGCCCCCUCGUCCCACGCGCACCCCCACUACCGGCUCCCCGAGGCGGUGCCCUUCACCAGCGUGGCGCCCAGCCUGUACACGUACCCGGCGUCUGCCGCACUGGCGUCCGCCUCCCACGCCAUGGAGCAGCUGCUGGUGCACAGCAGCACCGCCUCGCCCUCCCGCGCACCAGGGGGCACCGCACACUACCCCCAGGGCCUCGUCAAGGACUCCGUGGGAGCGAUGGUGCACGGGCUGCCCCCCCAGUACCAGCAGAGCUUCGCCACGCACCCCUACGUGACCACGGGCGGAGGGGCCGGGCGGGCCGAGGCCACCUACGGCGGGUACCAGCUGAGCCCGCGCAGACUGACGCAGUAUCCCUACUUAUGAGCUUUUAGGCUGAGGGGGGGGGGGGAGGGGGAGAGACGAGGAGGGGGCACAUAAGACCACAAGACCACACAAUCCCCUCAUGCCCAACCCCACCCCUACCCCCAACGCGUCUUUCCACUCAAAUCACCUCGUUGGCACACCAGUAAGGAUUUCAAGGAAACUGCUGCGUUUCUUUUUUUUUUUUUUUUUAACAGACCUGGUUCAGCUUUAACUGGUUUUACACAUACUAUUUAACAAUUUUAGAAAAAAAAAGAAACUUUUUAAGACGUUGGUAUUUAGAAUUAUUAUAUUUUGCCAUUAUCAAUUUGUAUUUUCACUGAAUUUGUUUUAGUUAUUUUUUUUUUAGUUAGAUUUUAUUUGAAAAUCCAUGGUAUUGUAAUAGAACAUCCUCUUCUAAAUGCUGACAAGUGUAUUGUUUUACUGAAACGGUUUUAUUUCCCGUGCAAUAGAGAAACACUAUCCCUGUGUUGUCGUAGGAAACCAGAGAGGCCAAGAUGGCUCCUGGUCUCUGCUCACAGUUAAACAGGCUUCACACUAAUCUCCAGUCUCUCCUGUGGCCGUGCUCUUUUUCUCUACUCUUAGUAGUGUCACUGGUGUUUUUAUGUGUCCAUGUUUUUAUUUACCUUCUAGAUUUCUCAUUUCAUUUUCUCUUAAAUUAUGUUUCCCCUGCUCUGAAUGCCUGUGAAUGUGUUCACUGGACAUUGAACGAGGCUCACAGUGUUAACGGAAGGAAAAAGAAAAAAAAGAGAAAAAAAACAGAGAGGAUUGGGAAGAGAAGUGGAAGGAUUCUGUGCACGAGCUUACUGCGACUCGUGGUGUAAUUACUUGAAUCAUAUAAACUGCAGGAGAACGGUAGACACGAGCAAUAUAGAAUGUUAGUCGUGGAGCCUGCUUUGACAGAUGUAUGGUCGGUUGGUUGGUUUGGAAUGUUUAGCAAUGUCGAAAUGUUCAGAUCUUAACUAUUAUGAUUAGUGUCAUGUUUGGAGAAAAACAAACAAAAUAUCAACUGAUUUGGAAAAAAGUCUCCCAAAGUGAUAAUUUUUUUGUGGUCCUUGCGUAGGUGUAUGAAAAUGAACUGCUCUAGUUAGCAAUGGAUUCUUUCCUUUCUGAGUUCCUUGUGUCUGUCUUAUGAAGUACCAUAGGAACCCAUUCGUCUAACCGUUAAUCUGGUUCCUUUCUGUAUCUUGUUACCCAAAGAACUUCACUGGUAGAGUUAGCCCAAGUGUUCCUCCCAUCACCUCCUCCCACACCCCCAUGACGGUCCAGUCAUGCCAGAACCCUGGGACUGCUCUCUGAGAAGGCCUCAGUACUACAUUCCUUGGUUCCGCGCUCUCUCCAUGUUAUCCUGUUCGAGGCUGAUAUAUUAGUGAGAACUGUAGAACAUUGCAGUCACAUUUGGUCAAUAAACGACACAUGACUCUA